UUUCUCCUUUUGUGUUCCACAUAAGAAAGAAAGUCAUACGAGUUUGGAAUGACAUGAGGGUGGGUAAAUUUUGGGUGAACUAUUUUUUAACACACAAUCUCUCCAUCUCCAAACAAUCCACCACACAUUUGUGUCACAUAUCUCUCUGUACCAUACAGACAACAAAGAAUAAUCCAUAUUUUCACUUCUCCACAUGAAAGCAGCAAUCACACUGGAGUGACCAAGUUAAAUGUGGGAGGAAACAGAUUGUGUUGUGUAUAAAUACAGCUUAAGUUUUAAUGUCAAACAAACAAAGCUUUAUGUCACAUGCUCCCCAGUAAACCUGAUGCGUGGUUAGCAAUAUAUAUAUUUUGUAUAUAAAAGUUUGUAAUAAUUUUGCUCUUAUGGAAAGAAAUUGGUACUUUUAUUCACCAAAGUGCCAUUCAACUGAUCACAAUAUAUAGUCAGGACAUUAAUAACAUGAAAAAUUACUAUUACAAUUUGAACUUAAACUACUUCAAAGAGUUCUCAUCAAAAAAUCCUCCAUGUGCAGCAAUGACAGCUUUGCAGAUCCUUGGCAUUCUAGCUGUCAGUUUGUCCAGAUACUCAGGUGACAUUUCACCCCACACUUCCUGUAGCACUUGCCAUAGAUGUGGCUGUCUUGUCGGGCACUUCUCACACACCUUACAGUCUAGCUGAUCCCACAAAAGCUCAAUGGGGUUAAGAUCCAUAACACUCUUUUCCAAUUAUCUGUUGUCCAAUGUCUGUGUUUCUUUGCCCACUCUAACAUUUUCUUUUUCGUUUUCUGUUUCAAAAGUGGCUUUUUCUUUGCAUUUCAUCCCAUAAGACCUGCACCCGAGUCUUCUCUUUACUGUUGUACAUGAAACUGAUGUUGAGCAGGUAGAAUUCAAUGAAGCUGUCAGCUGAGGACAUGUGAGGUGUCUAUUUCUCAAACUAGAGGCUCUGAUGUACUUAUCCUCUUGUUUAGUUGUACAUCUGUCCUUCCACAUCUCUUUCUGUCCUUGUUAGAGCCAGUUGUCCUUUGUCUUGGAAGACUGUAGUGUACACCUUUGUAUGAAAUCUUCAGUUUUUUGGCAAUUUCAAGCAUUGUAUAGCCUUCAUUCCUCAAAACAAUGAUUGACUGACGAGUUUCUAGAGAAAGCCGUUUCUUUUUUGCCAUUUUUGACCUAAUAUUGACCUUAAGACAUGCCAGUCUAUUGCAUACUGUGGCAACUCAAAAACAAACACAAAGACAAUGUUAAGCUUCAUUUAAUGAACCAAAUAGCUUUCAGCUGUGUUUGAUAUAAUGGCAAGUGAUUUUCUAGUACCAAAAAAGAUGUGCUGGUAUUAAUGGCAGUAUUUUAGAGUCCAUUCUGAGUGCAUUAAGAAUACACUGAGAACAAUAGCUCCAGUGCUGCCAGCAGUCUGACUAGGCAGCACACCCAGCUGGAUCUGUGCCACAUAAUGUAUAGGCUUCGUUUAUUGCAUUAUAAGCCCGCACUCAUUCAGGCCUAAUGCAGUUUUUUUAGAAGGAUCAUACUAUAAAUUUUUCAACAUUACAAUGUCUCACAUGUGGCCAUACAACUAAUAUGAUAAUAGAAUUUAAAUAUCAUGUGAUUCUGAACUGUGACAUUGGAUGAUUAUGUUGCUAUUCAAAUGACUGCAUUUUAAAAGAUUUUGCUUUGCAUCUGUAAAACAUCUUUAUUACUCUGUUUUGAACUUUUCCAAUUUCAUCGCAGCAAAACCAGGGGCAGGAAAAGACACAUUUCAGGUUCAUUACUACGCUCAAUUGACAGCAUUUGUGGCAUGAUGUUGAUUAUCCAAAAAAUUAAGUUUAACUUUUCCCUCUUUUUUUUCCUUCUUUUUUUUUUAAGCAAAAAAUUUGGGUUACAGUGAAGCACUUACAGUGGGAGUGAAUGUGGCCAAUCUGUAACUAUUAAAAUACACACUGUUUCAAAAGUAUAACCACAAGAAAUAACCAAUAUGUGUGUUAACAUAAUUUUAGUGUGAUAAAAUCACUUACCCACCUUUUCUGUGUAAAGUUAUAGCCAGUUUAAUUGCCAUGAAUAUGUAAUCCUGUAAUCCCACAAAAACGAAGAUUUAAACAACUUUAUAGCUCAAAUAAUACACAAGUUUUCACAGAAGAAUUAAUAUAAGUACUUUUCAGCAACGUCUCUAUAUUAGGAGCAAGUGCAACAAAAGUGGUGCUGUUGUGCAAAUUGCAUGGCAUCAUCAUAAAUUUAUUUUAAGAAAUAAUAUAUUUUCCACAAUUUAAACGUGUUUUAUGUCCAUUAUACAAUAAAAAAAGUAUAUAUUAUUUUGAGAAACUCUAUUAUUAUUAAGGUAUGUUGCAUAAAGGCCAUUUAAUCGUUCUCAUUUGCUAUACGUGGGGCUAGUCCUUCAUCCUCUGCGUUAACAUGGACCCUGGUAAUCCGUUUGUGAUGGGACUAGAAGCUCAAUCUGAAUAAAAAAUUCUCAUGUAACCACGUCAGUCGGAUUAAAUUGGCCACAUCUGAUUUAAAUUUCAUUCAGAUUCUAAGGGGUAAUGUAAUUUAAGUGUUUAAUCGCUGCUCUCCCCCUUCAUCACUGGUUGACUUUGUGAUUUUGGCUCUGGUAUGUAAACAGCAAUAUCACUUUAUUAAGCUUUAUAAAUAGAAACAAAAUUUUGCUGACUUUUGUCGCAUACCACGGCUCAGCACACAGAAGGUAUGUGGAGUUUUGGUCAUAUACUGUACUGUAUAUGGCAGGUAGGUCAUUUAAUGAUAUCACAUGAAACAGGUAAAUAGAACUGACCUCUAUGCACAAUUCAAAGGCUGUAGCCUAUAUUUCAAAGCUGGAUGUUUUUAUUGUUGCUAGAAAAUGAGUAGAUGGUAUAUUUGAACAUUUUGAAUUUAAUAUUUGUUGUUAUUUAUGAUGUAUUUAUUAUUAAAACUACAAGCUGUCACACAUAACAUCAUAUCCUCAUUUGUAGAGAAGUCCAAAAUAAUUUUGUGUGCUCAAAGUCAAUUGUGAAUCCCUUCAAAUGGCGAGGAAAUGCUGUAUAAUCAUGCAGUAUACACACAUCACAAUAGCAAUUCCGAUCUGAUGCUGGAUACAUAUAAACGCUCACAUCAAUCCGAUCACUUUAUGUAGCGUUCAUGUAAACAGUACGUUCGGAAUCAUCAAUCGGAAUGAUUUAAUUCAGAUUAAAACAAAAAGUGUCCAUGCAAACGCAGAUUAUGUUAAUCAAUGGAGAUCUGGAGAACGUCAUGCACAUGUGCAAUGAGUGUUCAACAAUGGCCUGAGGGGCUAAUUUGCCUCUGCCCCUGAGCCAAUCAAAAGCUUCGACUGUAUUUAUGUCAGCUGUUGACAUGAGCAUAGGAAGUUACCGCUCUUGACUGCAGACCUGUAUAGUGAAAUUCAUUGGUAAAUUUGAAAAGCUAAUUUUGCACCAUUCAUCAUUUCAGUUAAUUGUAUGUCAUUGCGUUGAGGUGUUGUGUUGUUGGUGUACUGGUUUGUAUUAGAUUACAAUGACUGAUAAAUAUUGGAAGUCUGUCCUCAUUUGAAUUAGUUUUGUUAUGCUGUUCAUUCGAGAUAAUAGGCACACCCUUUGACGAUUUGCCUAUUUGUGGUUUACUUGAGCUUUUUGACGUGGAUGUGCAUGUCUUAGUGGUGUUUUGUGCUGAGAUUAAAUCAUUAGGGAUGUUUGUGUGGCAUCAUGCUCAGACGUUGCGCUAGAAAAAUUCUUUGUCACUCUGUAUAAUUUCUAUCAUGAUCUAUUUUUAUCAAUCAUACUUGUUUUCAUUUUAUAAGUACUAGGGCAUUGAGGGUCAUAGCAUCUAUUAUAAUGGCACAUAUAUGACAGUAGAUAGGCUUUUAUGAUAGAUUUUUUGACUCCCCUUGUUUGAGUCCGGUGAAACCAAUCAGUUCUAGUGUGAAACUUCUACCUGUCAAUCAACCGCUGCGCUAAAAUUAUGUUUUUUAAAUGCUGGUUACAGCGCAUACACACAUGCACAAGUUCACAGAACUUCAUAGUCCCUGAUGUGAUCAUAAAGUGUAACAUGAGAAGCACAUCUGUGACAGAAAUUGGAAUUUUUUGUCAAUGUUUCAAAGAUUGGUAAAAUAAUUGAUUGUUAAGGGAUUGUUUGUGCCCCACAGUAAAUAAUGACCCUGAGACACCACUGAUGCUUUUAUCAAAUUAUAAGCUUCACAUUUCUGCCCUAAAAACCUCCAAAAUUUGGCUCCAUUCACUUCCAUUGUAAGUGCCUCACUGUAACCAUGAUUUUUGCUGCUUAUUUCUUUUUAAAAGAGGGAAGAGUCAAAAUGAAUGUUUGUUGUAGGCAACAUUUUGCCACAAAUGCUGUGAUUGAGCUUGACUUGUAUUGAACCCGGAAUAUUCUUAAGGGGGGCUCAGGGCAAAAAUGCCACCAAAAUUCAAAAUAUGGGGGGAAAAAUAUACCCCCGUAAUGUAUUCCUUUGUUUUUUAUUUGCAACAUCUGAGGUACCAGUAGUCCUUAAUAUUCUAUAGCCUACUAGGCCUAAUUAUAUAUGUUAUGGUGUAAAACAUGAGUUGAGAUUGAUUUAUUUUAUGGGUAAAAGGAAAUACUGUAUAUAAUCAGUCUAAUUAUUCCGAUGGAGAAAAAUGUAAAUUAAUGUAUUAAAUAUAAGUAUUUGAAAAUAAAGGAUGACAAACAGUAUUUUUUUUAAUGUUUAGAAUAAAAUACACCCUCAUAAAAGGAAAAUACUCCUAAAGAAAUAAAAUCCAGGGGGCAAUGAAUGCCCCUUUAUGGAAAAGUUAAUUUCUAAAACAAAACCCCUAAGCAUUGGUUGCAACAAGAUGCGAACAUUUGUAGGCUACUUUUCUGUCUAGCUAGUGUGAAAUUUAUGAUUUUCAUUAUACCAUUUUGGAUGUGAUUAUUUCAGUUCUCUUAAAUUAGCGAAACAGAGUUUAAAUUGCUUUAAUUGUCAAUCAGCAUUCUGACUUGUGAAAUGAAUGACGUUUUAAUCACCUGCUGGGAUAUGAUUUAAUACAAUCUUGUGGGAGCAAAGCAGGGCCAGAGUGGGAUUCAUAUUCAGCCUGGGAUGUCAUGUCCAAGUCAGCCCACACUCAAAAGGGGGGUUGGCAUUGAAGAUGAUAACAAUAAAACAAGAUCACAGCAAAAAUAUGCAAUAUAUGCAAUUACUUGAAAAUCAUUUAAGCUCUCCAUGUCAUUAUACCACAUACGGCAUUCACUAAGAGUUUCACUUUGUCAUAAGCUUCAUUGUAUGUGUUGUAAAAAUAAGUGAAUGUUAAAGGGAUAGUUGAUCAUUUCCUCACCCUCAUGCCAUCCCAGAUAUGUAUGACUUUCUUCUGCAGAACAUGAAGAUGUUUAGAAGAAUAUCUCAGCACUGUUGGUCCAUUCAAUGCAAGUAAAAGAGAAGUGGUUAGAAACAGAUCAAUAAUGAAGUCAUUUUUUACUAUAAAUCUCCACUUUCACAAGCACUCUUCUCUCUUAAGAGUUUUUCUGUUUUUGGUGAUUUACAUAAGCAUAUCACCCCCUACUGGGCAGGGAGGAGAAUUUAUAGUAAAAAAGGACUUAAAUAUUGAUCUGUUUCUCACCCACACCUAUCAUAUCGCUUCUGAAGACAGAUUAAACCACUGCAGUUGUAUGGAUUACUUUUAUGCUGCAUUUAUAUGAUUUUUGUACCUUCUGAGUUCUGAUCACCAUUCACUUGCAUUGAAAGGACCAACAGAACUGAGAAAUUCUUCUAAAAAGCUUAAUUUGUGUUCAGCAGAAGAAAGAAAGUCAUACACUCAAAUAGCUGGCAUGAGGGUGAGUAAAUGUUGAGAGAAAUGUCAUUUUUGGGUAAAUUAAGUUUAUUUUAAAGACUAUCUAGGCACAUAAUAACACUGUAGAACUGUAACUGUUUAUAACUAUUUUAAGAUGUACAGGCUCACACUUUAAAUGGUCAGUGCUUUGUAUUUUAGAUAAUUAAAAUAUCAACAGAUCCAGUGAAACAAUGAAGGUUGAGUGAUUGUUUUUACAUUUUUACAUGCCAUUCAAAAACGUGCCAUUUUAGAACGAUAAGAGUGAAAUAAAAGACUAAAAAUAACACAUUUGUACUUUUCUUUUACUUGGAAUGUAAAUGUUCAGGACGAAGGCAAAAUGGUUACUGUCUCUUUAAGAGGGUUUUAUCGCAUUAUACAACAUUGAAGGCAUUCUGUGCAGUUUGUUUCGUUGAGUUUAAUCUUUUGAGAGCUGUAAAGUCCCAUUAUUUUCGUACUGUGUCGUGCUGUUGCAUCUGUAUCCGUUUACUUUAAGUAUUCUGUUAUUUUGUGACAAUAAUAAUAAUAAUAACAACAAUAAUAAUAAUAAUAAUAAUAAUAGUUUUGCUAUUAUCAUUCUGCACUGCUAGGGAAGAGGAUUUCAGAGAUUAAUUGAUUGAGAUUGUGAGACUGCAGUCAGUAUUAAACUUGUGAUGAUCUUGUACCUGAAGCACGUUCAUCCAUUCAGCUAUUAGUAGCCUAUCUGUUCUCGAUGGAUCUUCAGUGAUCCUUCCCGCGCUGUCAAGUGAAGCGGCACAACAUCAGUUUCGUCUCUCACAUGUUACUCUCUCAUUUGUUUGGGUGUGAGAUGAUAAAAUACAGACUGCGUCCGCUAUAACCCGGAACGCAAUUCUGAUCCUUUAAAUACCGGAUGUUACCGACUCUUGGCAAUUGUUAUGCGACAUAUGAUGAAAGUUUGUCAAUCAACAUGAGGACCUAACCAGCCCAAUUUUUGACUGGCCCAGCGGGAAUUCUCCUGAUCUUCCCGAUUAGCCACUCCGGCCCUGGAGAAAAGUCAAUUUAUAACAGCAUCACAUCAACCUAUAACUAUCUUGCGGAUGAGUAAUAUCUUCUAGAGAGGGCGUCCUUUGUCUAGAACAGGGAAGAUUCACGGUCUAACUCUGGAGCUAGUGUAUAAUACGACUCUACACAUAUAUGACAAAAGUCAUUACAAUAGCUGUUCUGUGACAGACCACUGAAAUGAGCACAAACAUGCCACAAGACGUUGUGCAGGUGACUUUAAAGAGUUGACAGCGGACGAGAAUAUAUUGCAUAAUCAGAAGGAGCAGGUCACACAAAGAGGCAGCACGAGCGCUUGAUUUCGAACUAUGGCGGCAACGCACCAGAUUCUUUCGAAUUAAAUUGCGAUGUCGUUUUACUCGCGCUUCUGAAAACCUCUCAGCUUGGAGAAUAGCAUCUGUUAGUUUUCGAGGAUUUUUUGGGAUAUGAGAACAAAAAUCACCCUGACUCAAAACUUUGAAGUUUGAAUUGCCGGGACAAGAUCGCGUUUAUUUCUACAAUGCUCGCGUAUCGUGGACGCGCAAUUAAAAAUAACGAAUUUCGCGCCUAGCUUGACGAUGUUUUGUGUGAUUUGAUCAUUUCUUUAAACCUACACCACCAGGACGCUAAGGAGUUUAUUUUUGCAGUAUUAUUUUCCCAUUGCCCAUCAGAAGCCGUUCAAAUGCUGGAAUGGAUUGGUGCAGUUUGCAUUAUGGUUUUAAUGGUCAUACUCUGGCGAAUGGUGAAGUGUUUUGGAGCAGAGAGUCAAUCCACGCUGCUGCUGCAAGGGCUUGAAAUUCCACCCAAAAGAUCCGCGGAGAGGUGCGACUCCAACUGUGGCACGGGCACAAAGCAGAAUCUAGAGGGGCAAUGUGAAUCACAGACUGUCGCCUUGAUAUGCAAACCCUCUGCCCUGGCAAACUACCUUCUCAAACAUUGCAUUAGCUUUUGCAAGCCUUUAUUGGUACCAAAAUGGGACUGGCGAAUGAGUCCGUCUUUACAGACAGUUUUCGGUACUCUCUGGCCGUAUGACUGUCCUGUCCAUUUUAUUCGGGAUCAUUUGCAGUUGAGUGACGAUGGACUGGUGGCACUGGACUGGGCUGUUGUUGGUGCGGCACAUCACAAGAGGAGGAGAACUUGCAGUAAUUCCACAAGUCCAAUUCUGCUCAUUAUACCUAACUCUUUUGGUAAAAUCACCACGAGUGUGCUAAAGCUCUGUGAGGCAGCUCUGAGUCACGGCUACCUUCCUGUGGUCUUCAACCGCCGGAGCCAGAAUGGGACGCCACUCAGCACCGUUAAACUACAGCAAUUCGGUGACCCAACUGACCUGCGGGAAGCGGUGCGAUACAUUCGGUACCGGCAACCGGCAGGCCAGAUCUAUGCAGUGAGCGAGAGUACCGGUUCAGGUCUUCUACUCUCAUACUUGGGGGAGUGUGGAUCCUCCAGCUAUGUGACUGCAGCAGCUUGCCUGUCUCCCAUUUUUCGGUGCCAGAGCUGGUUUGAGAUUGGUCCAACCUGGCCGUUCCACUGGGCUCUCCUGCUCUACCAAAAGAUCUGCCUCAGCAGGUAUAAAACUGUGCUUGGAGAGCUUGUUCAUACAGACAACUUGUUCUCCAGCUGCUCCUUGAGGGCAAUGGAGGAAGCGCUCUUCUGUCAGUCUGGUUUAAAGGGGGCAACAAUGGAGGGAGCCGGUAGCUGGGAGGCAUACUGGGAGCGUAACGACCCUUUGAGGGAUAUAGAUGAAGUUGCCAUUCCUGUACUGUGUGUGUGUAGCCAAGACGACCCAAUCCGAGGGGAACCCCGGGCCACUCUUCCUUUGGAGCUAUUUGAGAGUAACCCACACUUCUUCCUGUUGUUGACUGGGCAUGGAGGCCACUGCGGCUUCUCAUCAGCAGACGAGGGCCCUACUGCCUGGAGCCACCAGGCCUUGCUGGAGUUUUUUCGUGCCACCAACGAUUUCUUUGCUGCGGAGGAGCGUGCCAAGCUGGUGGCCAGGCGAAGGGGUCUGGGUGGGGCUGGCAAAACCUUCCGCCAUCGCAGUGUCAGCACAUGCAAAAAACUGCCUGUUUGCUCACAUAACAUUCACACCAUUUACAACUGGCAGAGGUCCUUCACCAGAUGAUGAUGUGCACAGAGGUUCCUCCAACUUUGUUUUGGGUAAUGAAGAGACCACCUGCUCUGGGACUAUGUUAGUAAAGGACACUGCUAGAACUUGCAAAGCUAGAUUAUACCACAUUCUGACCUGCUGUUAAUCACAGUCACAAAAACCAGCAGUUGAGUGAAAAUGUCUCAGUUUACAUGGACUAAUUAGAAUUGGUCUACCAUUGUCAACAUUGACAAUACCUAUAUUUGAGUAUGUUGAGACAUUUCAUUGUUUGUCAAACGCUGAAAGGCAUUAGAAAGUUGAUGUUCUUGGAUCAUGUCUCGGCCUGGUGUAUAAAUUAGCUUUAAAGAUGUGUGUCUGUUUCAAAGAGAUUGGUCCAAACAUUUGUUCUGUACCGCAUGAAUGUUUCAGAACGUCAUUCCAAAAUUUAGAGAAGCAUUAUGUAAAGCAGCUUUGUCUUUGUCUACAUGCUGGCCGUUCUCUCCGAUAUACUUUAAUAGUUCUGCUGGAAUUGCCUCAUUUUUAUUAGUAUAUUCUGUGCAUACAAUAAUGACGGUGACAUUUUUGGAAUUUCUCUGUGUAAUAUUCCUCUCAGAGACAGCUAGUUUAUUUCAUUUUCUUUGCCGUAUGUUAGAGGGAGAGCCUUUGUAAUUGGAGUAAAGAGUCAGCACUGCUGGGGUUUUCGUAUGGCAUCAUUCUGAGGUUUCAGGGAAAGCUGGUCUUCUGUUAACAUGGGUGGAGCUAGCUUUGCAGCUUUUCACAAUGUGUAAAUCAAACAGAUUUUUUUUUCUCCCCAUGGGUGAGUGCUGUUCUUGUUUUCUACUAUUUUUCUCUAACCCAAAAUUUGCAAUGUCUCUCUGAUGCCAAACCCCAUGUUUGUAUCUUAAAUUAUCUGUGAACACGGGAGCUUUAAUUAAAGGUUUUUGGCUAAAUGCAUUCACAUGUCUAUUUCCACAAAUCUUUGUCCAAAUAAACAGGGCAUCAUUCAGAAUUAUAGGUUGUACAGAGUGCUGCAUAAAAUGGACCAGCAUAUGUAGAGUUUUGGAUUCUGCUAGUCCCUGGGAUGUGAGGCUUGUGAGCCCACCAGGAUCCUUAACUAGCAUAACCAGCAAUAAUUC